AUGAGGGCAAUAAUUUACCCAGGACCAGAGGAUAUCACUGAGCCGAAUCCUCACUACUUUGAACUGAAAGAUUUCUCUGUAACAAGGUGGUUUAACGAACCUCUGUUGUCUGAAUUUAAUUCUUCGACUUCAUUGCCUCCAUCAUCUCUACCAACUAGUGAUGCUGCUUUUUUGGCAGUAGUAGCAGCUCUCGGCCUCCUAGCGGCCAUUACAGCAGGUCUUCUAUUGCAUCUGUGUUUCUUUCAUAUCUACAUUUCAUUCUUGGGUCUGACUACUUAUGAAUAUAUCAGAAACCAGAGACAGAACCAAGUACCUGCGCUAACCUCACAUCAAGAAGAGCAGCAACUAGCCAGUAGCAAGCAAAGUCUGAGGCAUCGACCAAUAAAUUUACGUUGCGGAGAAGAAAGAACCCGCACCACCUUGUUCACAUGCACUGUAUUAGAAGAAACGUUCAGUAACUGCAACGCAGAACCAACCCCAACCCCACCCAGUACUCCCCAAGACUGCCAAAUGUGUGUCAUGAGUAGCAACUCUGUGGCUCCUGAAAUAAAAGUGGCUCAACAGAGGAAGAUGAGAAAGAAAUGGAAUUGCUGCGUUUCCGUGCCUGAUAGCCCGGAUGACCCGCAUAGUCCUACAGAACCAAGGUGCCUAUUAUCGCUUUGUAAACACAAAGCAAAGAGUAAGGGUAUUCCGGCUUUGGAAGGUCGACCUCACCGUACACACGGACACUGGUCCAGCGCCAAGCUGAGAAUGAUCUUCAGAGUUUUAGGU